CCCGGUGGCCCCCCGGCAGCGGCCCCCUCCCCGCGCCCCAGCAGCCGGUGGGCGAUGCGGCGCGGCGGUGGUGGCGGCGGCAACGACGGGGCAGGAUGCUGAGGACGGAGGCAGCGAGCGGGGCGGCAGCCCCGGGCAGCAGCGGGGGGGCCCCAGGCGGCGGAGCGGGCAGCGGGGGGCUGAGGAGCGCGUCCCCCCACCGCAACGCCUACGAGGCCACCAUCCAGGCCCUGAAACCCACAAAGGAUGCCGAGGGCGAGGACGGCAAGAAAGCCCGUGGCAAGAAGUAUGGCUCCAACGUCCACCGCAUCAAGAACAUGUUCCUGCAGAUGGGGACGGCGCCGGGCCCUGAGGGCGCCUGCGACUUGGCCAAGGGCAAGGAGAAGCCCGUCCGCCUUUCCUUGCCCCGGGCCAGCAGCCUGAAUGAGAGCAUGGAGCAGGGCAACCUCCUCAAGCUGGGCACCAGCGUUUCAGAGCGGGUGAGCCGCUUCGACUCCAAGCCCGACAAGCCCUUCUCCAAGCUGCAGGAGACCCGCAAGAUCUUCGAGCGGAGCCCGCAGGAGAAGGAGGCCACCACCAAGCUCCUGCUGCGCAAGGAGCGGGCCGGCUUCCAGGACCGCAAGCUGGACGUGGUAGUGAAGUUCAACGGCAGCACUGAGUCCUUGGACAAGCUCGACACCGAGGCCGUGUCGCCCACCGUCAGCCAGCUCAGCGCCGUCUUCGAGAAGGCCGACCUCCGCAACAACCUCCACAAGACGCCGGGGCGUGCAGGGCCGCUCAACUCCAAGCUGGUGAGCAAACGGUCCCGCGUCUUCCUGCAGGGAACGGAGGCUGGCAAGGCCGAGAGCCGGACGGGAGAUAGCCCCGCUGCCCCAGCACGGCCACGGCCGGCCGAGGAGGAGAAGGCAGCGGGCAAGGCUGGGAGGCCGGCGGAGAAGGAUGGGAGCAUCCCACGGGUGCAGGAGGUCUGCAAGAUCAAGCCGGUGGAGGUGGAGGAGAGCGGUGAGUCGGAGGCCGAGGUGGAAGCCGGCGAGCCAGUGCCAGUGCCUGAACCGGCCAAGGGGGCCGAAGGGCCAGCGCCCCCCGAGCCACGCCUGGAAGGGGGCGAGGAGCCUCCCUACGCCGAGGAGGGCAUCAAGGGUGAGCGGGCGGACGAGGGCGACCUGUACGACGAGUCCAAGAAGGAGGACUUCUCCGAGGCGGACCUGGUGGACAUAAGUGCCUACAGCGGGCUCGGGGAGGACUCGGGGGGCAGCGGGCUGGAUGAGGAUGAGGAGGCUGAUGGGCUCUACGAGCCCGAAUCCAGCUGCGUGGAGAUCCCCGGGCUGUCCGAGGAAGAGGAGCCUGUCCCCAACCGCAAGAUCCAGUUCAGCACGGCCCCCAUCCAGGUCUUCAGCACUUACUCCAACGAGGACUACGACCGCCGCAAUGAAGACGUCGACCCCAUGGCCGCAUCGGCUGAGUACGAGCUGGAGAAGAGGGUGGAGCGCCUCGACCUCUUCCCUGUGGAGCUGGAGAAAGACUCCGAAGGGCUGGGGAUCAGCAUCAUCGGCAUGGGCGCGGGGGCCGACAUGGGCCUGGAGAAGCUGGGCAUCUUCGUCAAGACGGUGACAGAAGGGGGGGCGGCCCACCGGGAUGGCAGGAUCCAGGUGAAUGACCUGAUCGUGGAGGUGGAUGGCACCAGCCUGGUGGGGGUGACGCAGAGCUUCGCCGCCUCCGUGCUCAGGAACACCAAGGGCCGCGUCCGGUUCCUCAUCGGGCGGGAGAAGCCGGGCGAGCAGAGCGAGGUGGCGCAGCUGAUCCAGCAGACGCUGGAGCAGGAGCGGUGGCAGCGGGAGAUGAUAGAGCAGCGCUACACCCAAUACACCGAGGACGACGAGGAGACGGGGGAAUACGCCACGGACGAGGAGGAGGAGAUGAGCCCCAUGUUCCCCAGUGGCGAGAUGGCCAUCGAGGUGUUCGAGCUGGCUGAGAACGAGGACACGCUCUCGCCGGUGGAGAUGGACCCCGAGAAGCUGGUGCACAAGUUCAAGGAGCUCCAGAUCAAGCACGCCGUCACCGAGGCUGAGAUCCAGCAGCUGAAGAGGAAGCUGCAGUGCCUCGAGCAGGAGAAGGCUCGGUGGCGGGCCGAGAAGGCCCAGCUGGAGCAGAGCGUGGAGGAGAACAAGGAGCGCAUGGAGAAGCUGGAGGGGUACUGGAUGGAGGCGCAGAACCUGUGCCAGGCCGUGGACGAGCACCUCAAGGAGACGCAGGCCCAGUACCAGACCCUGGAGCGCAAGUACAGCAAGGCCAAGAGGCUCAUCAAGGAGUACCAGCAAAAGGAGAUCGAGUUCCUAAAGAAGGAGACGGCACAGCGGCGGGUGCUGGAGGAGUCGGAGCUGGCCCACAAGGAGGAGAUGGAGAAGCUGCAGGAGAAGAUCUCCGAACUGGAGGCCAAGCUGCAGACUUUGAAAAAUUCCAACCCGACUUAACCACCCUCAAA